AUGCCAAAGAUCUUUCUGUUUUACUGUCUUUUUCUUUCUUUCUUUCUUUCUUUCUUUCUUUCUUUCUUUCUUUUGUUAUUUCUGUCAGUAUUUCUUUCUGCUUUUCCUUCUCUCUUUAUUUCUUCUUCUUUGUUUUUUCUUUCUUUCUUUUUGUCUUUUUUCUUUUUCUUUCUUGCUUGGUUUUCUUUUAUGCCUUCUUUGCUUUUAUCUCUUUUUUCUUUCUUUCUUUUUUAUUAUUUAAACGUUUUGCCUUUCUUCCUUUUUUUCAUCUUUCUUUUCUUUCCCUUUUCUUUCUUUAUUUCCGUUCCUUUUUUUCUUCUUCCUUUUCUUUUUUCUUUCUUUCUUUCCUUUUCUUUUUUCUUUCUUUCUUUCUUUCCUUACCUUUUUCUUCUUUCUUUCCUUUCCUCUUUCUUUCUUUUCUCUCUCUUUAUUUCCAUUUUUUCUUCUUCUUUAUUUGCUUUCCUUUUUUCUUUCCUUUUCUUUUUUCUCUCUUUCUUUGCGUCCCUUUUUCUUUCUUUCUUUCUUUCUUUCUUUCCUUUUUCUCUCUUUAUUUUCUUUCCUCUUUUCUUCUUUUUUAAUUCCUUUUUUCUUCUUUCUCUCCUUUUCUUUUUCUUUCUUUCCUUCCUUUCUUUCUUCUUUCCAUUCCUUUUCUCUCUCUUUCUUCCCUUACCUUUUUCUCUCUUUCUACACUUCUUGUUUUCUUCUCUCUCUCUCUCACUCUCACUCUCACUCACUCUCUCUCUUUAUAUUCAUUUAUUCAUUUCAAUAGAGUAA